CGCGAGUCAAUGCUGACCGACAAGAACAGCGGUGACAUGGUCUGUACCAUCAUCUUACCCGCUUCGUAACACUUCAUGGCCAUGAAACGCAAUGCCGAAGCCGGAUCCUCUCACCAUCCUGCUAAGCGUGCGCGGAUCCUGGAAGAUCAAGAGGAUAUUCCAAUAGACUAUAAUGAGGAAGAUGCCAUUCCACCUUCGCCUCCAGACGACCCGUCCGACGGCUUAGUCCCGCGUAGUGCGACCAUCAACUUCAGUGCCCUUACGCGCAAGCUGGCGCAAACCCGACGGCCAGGUGAUGAUCCUGUGGACUUGUCCUCGCUCGAGAUACAUCGUCGGAAUCAAGACAAGCUUGUUUCCCACAUAUUUAUGCAGCAAGACUUUUCCUGGCUUCACUUGAAGCCCGACCAUGCCUCUCGCCCUCUGUGGAUCAGUCCUGAAGACGGACACAUUAUUCUGGAGGCGUUUUCACCUAUCGCAGAGCAAGCUCAGGAUUUCCUCACAGCGAUUAGUGAACCUGUCAGCCGACCUGCCUUCAUUCACGAGUAUAAGCUCACUUCAUAUUCGUUGUACGCGGCUGUUUCUGUUGGACUUCAAACGGAAGACAUCAUCGAGGUUUUGAAUCGAUAUUCCAAAGUUCCCCUACCCGAAAGUAUCACAGCUUUCAUACGCGAGCGAACACUCAGUUACGGCAAAGUCAAGCUGGUCCUGAAGCACAAUAAGUACUUCGUAGAGUCAAGUCAUCCAGAGACGUUGCAGCUUCUUCUGAAAGAUAGGACCAUACGUGAGGCGCGAGUGGUCACUACUCAAACGGACACAAGCAUCAAAGCUGCGACUUUCACCACUUCCAAAGCUCCUGUAAAGGGCAGUCUCACCAUUCCCGGGACUAAAGAAGCCGAACGGAAGGAGGACAAUGGGAUAGCGGCCGACAAUAACCCAGACCUAUUCACUUCCGUUGUCGGUGUCGAAGCUGGUGAGUACGGCGGUGGUCUAUCCUUCAUGUCAUUGAUUACUGGUGAAGAUGAAGUCGAGGAAGAUGACGAAAACGAUGUGAAACGACGAUGCAAUGAGCUGGAAUAUCCCAUGCUGGAGGAGUACGAUUUCCGAAAUGAUACGGUCAACGCCAAUCUUGAGAUCAGUCUCAAACCCGCUACCAUCAUCCGACCCUAUCAAGAGACCAGUCUUAGUAAGAUGUUUGGGAAUGGGCAAGUCGACAAUCUUAGGCGUGUCUCUGUUAUGCAAUGGCGACAACAAUUUCUGCAAUGGUCUAAUGUCACCGAAAAGCAAAUUGCUGUUUUCACCGCCGACCAGAAGGAAAGGUUUGCGGGAGAUAGUGGUAUCGUGGUGUCCACCUAUUCCAUGGUAGCCAACACGCACAAUCGGUCUCACGAGUCGAAGAAGAUGAUGGAAUUCUUGACUUCCCGGGAAUGGGGCUUUAUCCUUCUAGACGAAGUCCACGUCGUUCCUGCUGCGAUGUUCCGCCGUGUGGUCACCACUAUCAAAGCCCACUCCAAGCUUGGUCUGACCGCAACCUUGGUGCGAGAAGAUGACAAAAUCGCGGAUCUGAAUUACAUGAUCGGACCUAAGCUGUACGAGGCGAACUGGAUGGACCUUGCCGCCAAGGGACACAUCGCCAACGUACAGUGUGCCGAAGUCUGGUGUCCGAUGACCCCCGAAUUCUACCGUCAAUAUCUUCGAAUCCAGAAUCGCAAGCGCACUCUGCUGUAUUGCAUGAAUCCCAACAAGUUUCAAGCAUGCCAAUUUCUCAUCAAGUACCACGAGGAUCGCGGCGACAAGGUCAUCGUAUUCUCCGAUAAUGUCUAUGCUCUUGAAGCUUACGCGAAACGACUGGGCAAGCUUUACAUCCAUGGUGGCACAGGCCAAACGGAGCGAAUGCGCAUUCUCUCCUGGUUUCAGCACAGUCCGAAAGUCAAUACCAUCUUCCUCUCUAAAGUCGGAGAUACAUCUAUAGACCUUCCUGAAGCCACUUGUUUGAUCCAGAUCUCCUCCCAUUUUGGAUCCCGCCGCCAAGAAGCUCAAAGACUGGGGCGAAUCCUGCGGGCGAAACGACGAAACGACGAGGGCUUCAAUGCCUUUUUCUAUUCGCUCGUCUCGAAGGACACUCAAGAGAUGUACUACUCCACGAAACGACAACAAUUUCUGAUUGACCAGGGCUAUGCCUUCAAAGUCAUUACGCAUCUGGACGGUCUCGACAAGAUGGAAGAUUUGGUUUAUCGUACCCGCGACGAGCAGAUUGAAUUGGUGCAGUCUGUGUUGCUUGCAAGCGAGAGUGAGGCCGAUCUUGGAAGCGAUGUCCGGCACAACGACGGUGACCUGCAGGGGACCAUUACCACCAAGGACUUUGGCCGCCUUCCCCAGAGCCGGAUGCCUGCUGCUCAGCGGACAACGGGCUCUCUCACUGCUCUGAGCGGCGGCGCCCAUAUAUCUUACAUGGAACAGAACAAGUCUGCCAACAAAAAGCUUCCCAAGGAACCUCCUCCUCGGCACAAGCUCUUUGCCAAACGCGACAAGGACAUUGCUGCCGCCAAAAAGGCUGCCAGGCAAGGGUGAUAUAUGUACAUACCUAUGUAAUUUUUGUGUCGUAAAAUGAUGCGAACUCGGUAAAGUGCGCUUCGGUAAAAAAAAAUCCGGAACCUGCCGUCGG